AUGGCGAGUGAUGAGAAGUUCAGAAGCAAAAAGCGAUCUGCUGAAGGGGAUCCAGAUGGAGAACAACCACUAACCAAGAGAUUUGGAUGUCUUCAGAUUGAUCAUGAAUCCCGUGCUCGGACCACAUAUGAGACCUCAUUCCACGAGUCUGAUCCUAUGCUCUUAGAUGACACCAAACAUACAACUUAUAUUCAUGAUCUGGAUCAGGAAUUGGCCGACUCGGAAUUACCUCAAGGUACCUUGGUGUUAUCACCCCUUGCUGCUAAGAUGAUCUCGGUCCCAGAUUCAGUCCUGGCAUCCAAUCCAGCACAGGGUAAAGAGUUGGUUCUAUACACAGAACCUGCUUCCUUGACACUACCAAAAGAGAAGGAUAGUGUACGCAAGGCCAUCAUUGAGUCUAGAGCUCGGGCCCGCGCAUCUCGCGCAUCUCGUUCCUCCGCCCGCAACCCUGCUGACAAUGUCAACCGCAUCCUGGUUCCAACAGAACAAGUACAAGAACACGAACACGAGGAUCCAAUGGAUAUCGAUAUGGAUCUGUAA